AUGGCCGGGUCAGAUAAGAAAAUUCCAUUAAUGAUUGGGAAAUAUCAGAAACCAAGAUGUUUUAAAAACAUUAAAAUUGAGAAAUAUUUAAAAUACUGUAAUUCCUCAAAAGCAUGGAUGACUCAAAAAAUUUUUAAUGAAUGGCUUUAUCAUUGGGAUAUUGAAUUAAAAAAGAAAAAAAGAAAAAUUCUUUUAAUUAUUGACCAAUGCCCAUCACAUAAAAUAUUAAUCGAAUUAAAAUUUAUUGAAAUUCUUUUUCUUCCUCCGAACACCUCAACAAUAUUGCAGCCGAUGGAUCAAGGAAUAAUUCGUUCCUUUAAAACUAAAUUCAAUAAGUUCAAAUUUAAUGAGAUUCUUCAGAAAAUUGAAUGCGGAUAUGGCAUUCAUGAAUCAUACAAAAAUUUAACACUUAAAGAUGGAGUUUUAUUUACCUAUUUUGGUUGGAAUAAAGUCACCGAAGAAACUAUCAAAAAUUGCUUCAGGCAUGCUAAGUGGAUUCCACGUAAAGAGCAAAUUCAAUCUUCUAACUAUACGAUUGAGAAAUAUGAGGAGACAAUAAAGCAAUUGAAUAUUUUGGAUCCAAUGGAACAAUCAGAUUUUCUUGAUUACACGUACACUGAAAUAGACGAAGUGGAAGAAUCCCUCGAAAACGAUGAUGACGUAAAUGAGAAACAAACACGUGGUAUUUUUGAAGAGAAAACACCUGCGAAUGAAAUAAAUCAUGAAGAUGCGUUUAAAAUGUUGCAUAAUAUAAAAAAGUACUAUACUCAAGACGAUACUUUUAAUAUUAACGCAAUCCAAAUGAUCAAUCAAUUAAUCAAAGAUACGAUAUUUACUAAAAAACAACAUUGA